AGUAAAAGUGACGCGCAUUCCCAGAAGCUUCACUAAGAACGAUGGUUGUAGUACCGAGUAUACGGGUACUACAUAAUUACGUUGAAUUGUUCAGAAAUCUUUUUCUUUUCUUCUAUUUCCUAGAUUUUUAGGAAUCGAUUUAAAUGCAUCUUACAGCACCGAAUGAAAAUAGCACGGGUGAAAUGUCGAUGAUGUAACGCCCUUACAUGAGAAAUCACAUAAAUUUGUUCACGCACGGGGCAAGGUUCCCCAUUUAAAAUUAAUAUUUGCGUGGAUUGAGAACCGUUUCCUGCUGGUUUGUGCUCGUGGGAUUCUCGCGAGUCUACAAGGUUAGGUUGGAUGCUAUGCUACACAGCCAGCACACAACAUAACGUGUUUGGGUGUGGUUAAUACCGUGGGAUCUUUACUGGAUCGGUGGAUUUGAAACGUUUGUCGUACGCUCUAUUCUGCGUCGUGAUCUCCAUCGUUCACAGAACGAUUUUUCACGAUGAAGAAGAGAAGCUUUUCCGGCAAUAUCGGAGUCGGUGUUUACAUCGUCUCGUUCGUCUGCGUUUGCGUCGCAUUCGGUACCCCAGCAUGGUUAGUGAGCGAUUAUCGGAUUACUGGCGCGAAAUUGGACAAAUUGGGUCUUUGGACUCAUUGCUUUAGAUCUUUACCGAAUCCUCAAGAAAUGGAUGCACCUAGACGUUUCUUCGUUGGCUGCAGAUGGGUCUAUGAUCCCUUCACUGCAGGAUACUCUGAUAUUCGUGGUUUCCUACUACCUCCAUUCAUGAUAGCAACACAAUUUUUCUUUACUCUGUGUUUCCUGAUGAGUAUAAUAUCAUUGAUGUUGAUUUUGUUAUUCACUUUGUGCUGCGAUCCAGAGCAGAAGAGAUACGUUCAACUUAUCUUCACUAUUGGAUAUUUAUUGCUAAUUGGUGGUAUAAGUGGUGGAUUGGCAGUGAUUAUAUUCGCCUGUUUGGGGAACACGGAUGGUUGGAUGCCUGGACACGCGAAUAACUUCUUCGGCUGGUCUUUCAUAAUGGCAGUUGUAGGUAGUGUACUCACUAUUAUAGCAGGUACACUUUUCCUUGUUGAGGCAAACGUGCAACGUAAAAAGAGAGAAUACCUGAGAGAAUCUCAAACAAGAUUCCAGCUUGAAUCUCGUACAUAAGUAAGGAUAUUUAUUUUAGAAGACUUGCACAACAUUUUAGUACCAAAAUAUUGUAACAUUACUCCGUCCAUAUUCGCAUGUUUUCACAGGAGAACUAUUAUGUAGUGUUAAGGUAGAAUUGCUAUUACUUUAAGUACAAAGUAAGAUAUGAAACAAGAUUUGUAUUUUUGUACAAUGUUUUAUACAUACAGGAUAUGUACAAGUGUAUUCCGUGCAGAGGAGCAUCUGUAUAUUCAUUUUGUUAUCGUUUUUCUUUCGUUGUGCAUCAACUUUUCUGCAGAUCAGUAUUGCAGUGAGAUGCCUUAAAAGAAGAAGAGUAAUCUCAUAAUUAACAUAGGAUGAUAUAUCAUCCUUACUCAUUUUAUAGAUAGUAUAAGUUGUUAAAUAUUAAAUGAUUUUAUAAUGUAAACUUUCACUGCCACUGGUGAAUUUAUAUAUAAUAAAUCUGCAACGAAAUCCGUCCUAAGAUAUAGAAACUUUUAUAACAU